AUGAGCUUGCCCUAUUGUAAGAAUAAAAGACUAUGUUAAGUUGUAGAUCAGCUGGAAGAAGAAGAAAAAGUCAAUCAAAGUACUAUAAUAUUAUAUUAGGAAUAUAAAUUGGAUAGGCAUUCGCAAAAAAUGUAAUUGAAAGUUUGGUAAUAUCAAAACAAUUUGGAGUUACUUAUUUAAAACCAAUGUUUCUAUUAGUCUCUAAAUUAAAAUAGUCUUUAGAGAGUAGAUGUGGAAUUUUUAUGUCUUUUCUAUUUAAUACUAGAGAUCAAUAAAUUAUAAAAUUGUUGGUUGAUAUCUUUUAAGAUUGUAAAAAUGAAAUCUUUGGUGCUUGUACUUGGGUCAAUAGAAUUGAAGAUCAAUUUGAACAAUGUAUAGUAUAUUAAUUAUUAAAAAGAUUUCUAUUAAAAUUAAAUAAUAAGAUCUUCCAGUUCAAUUCAAGUCGAUUUAGAUUAACUUAUUGAUAAUAGUGAAGCAACUGAAUCUUCUAUAGAAAUUGAUCCAAAUGAAGAAAUAUAAAAAUGGAUAUGUUAAGAUAAUAUUCCUCUUGUCAAUGAAUAAUUAGACUACUUUAGGAGUCCUGAAUAUUUAGAAUUAAUUUUUAAAUACAUUUUCGAUCCAAAUCAUUUAUCUACUAUACAUGAAUGGGUAUUUAUACUUUUAUAUCUAAAGUCCCAUCACUAUAGUCAUGUAAAAGUUAAGCAUAAUUAUAAAUCAAGAAAACCUGAUCAAACUUAAGAAAUAGAUUAAUUGUGUCUUAUUCGUUCUUUGAAAACUCUAAAAUUACUGAUUCACGAAAAUAAUUAUACAGUAAUUAGUAAAUUAGUACCAUAAUUCAUUAUAAAAUUAUGUAUAAUUUUAAAUAUUAAUUUAGUUCAUGGCAUUUAUGAUGCUCUAAAUGAUAAAGAUAAGAAUGUAGAUCUUAAUUAAAUUACUCUAUUAUUGGAUUCUCUAUUAUAAGUAAAUCGCAGAUAAUCUAUAUUAUUAAUUAUUGAAUUAAAUCUUAUGUUUUAAUUUGUGUCUUUGAUGUAUAAUGAAAAUAUUGAAAUACUUGUGUAAAGUAAAAUGUUUAAACAUAUUGCUUAGAAAUAAUUAUGGAUGAAUAUGAAAUGGGAAAUUAUGUAUUUGAAUAAUUUUGGUAAUACUUAGAAUGUACUAAUUGGAUAUAAUAUUUUUUAUUUUUGUCUUUAAAAAUGAAAGUCGAUACUUUCAAAGCUAAUAAAAACAAUUAAAGUGAUAAGACAGUAAACAUUACAGGUUUAUUAAAAUCUUAAGUAAAUUUUGAUCGUUUUAAUAAUAAUACUGAAAUUGAUCUUAAUGAAAAGAAGAAACUUACUGAUUUCUUAGGAUAAAUGUAACCAGGUAAGAAUUAUAUAUAAUAAUAUGGAAUGAAUUAAUUAAAUUGGCAUUUAAAUUAAAAUAUACGUGAAUAUUUAUUUGCAAGUGAAAUUGAAGGAAAGGAUAUUGAUAAUCUUAGAUUAUUCAUAGAUGAAAGAUAAAAAUAUUAAUCGAUUGUUUAAAUUUCAAUUAAAGAAAAACAUUUUAUUAAAUAAAUAAUAAAAAAUGAUACAUUACUAAUAAGACCAAAUAGUAGAAGAAAUAUUAAAUAAACUUUGUAAUAAAAGAAUUUAACAAAUCUUUAAAUUGCUUAAACAAUUAAUUAAUUACCAAGAUUAACUGUUGGAAAUCAAGAACUUUAAAAAUGGAUUUAACCUUCAAAGGUUACUAGCAAUAUUAUUAUUGGUCAAAAUUCAAGAAAAAGCCCAAGAUUAUUUCCUGUUAAAACUGAAUAAAGUGUUGAUAUUUCUUCAUUUUAUGAAGGCUUUUCAAGUGGAAGAUUAAAAGGAUUGUAUCCAAGUCCUAAGAUAUCAAUCUAAUCUAGUAGUUUUGAAAGAAAAGCAAUUAAAUAUGCAUCUGAUAUAUCAUUAUUGCCAUCAUGUAUAUCUAUAUUGAAAAUUCUUAUUCAAAAUGUUUUUCAAAAUAUGACUAAUUUGACUUAAACAGAUAAAAAAUAACAAUAGCGAAUAAAAAUAGAAUAAGAUUUUAUUUUACCAUAAUUUUUCAAUAAUGAAAUAUUAACAUAAAUAUUUAGAGUCUAUUUAUAUGAUAUUAAUAAUAAUGAUAAAUCAAUAUCAGAUAUUUCAUGUGAAUGUGGAUUAAUAAUAAAUUAAAUUUAUUUAAAUUGUAUUUAACAUUCUGAACUUCAUUCAUUUAAAAGAUCUUUGAAAGAUUGUUUUUAUGAAAUUGGAGAUUAUAUUUGUAAAGUAAUUGUAAAAUUGCAUGAUGAUUCAUCUUCGAAAUUUAAAAGAUAAUUAUUAAUUACUACUCUUUAAUAAGGUUUAAUGUUAUUUGGUGAGUAAUAAGAUACUCCAAAAAAUGUAUUUAGUUUAAUGAAUGAUACAUUAUUGCAUUUACUUAUAGUUUGGUUUUUUGAUAGUGAUUAAUCCAAUUUAUACUAAUAAGCAUUUGUAAAGUAUAUUUAAAAAUCUUAUUUUAGAUUAUUUUCAGUAAUUUUUUCAAGAGGUCCUUCAUAUUUGCUUGGUAAUAUACUAUUUAAACUUGGAUUAAUUAGUUCAUUAAAAAAUGCCUACUUUAAUUUCUUUGUAAAUAGUAUAAAAUUUACAAAUGGAGUUGAAAGUUUGUUUUUCUAUGUGAGUGUACUUAUCUACGCAAUAUAAAAAUCAUUAAAUUUAAGAAAAAUAUAGUCUAUUUUAAACAAUUUAGAACCUUUAAAUUCAUGGAAAUCUUUAAAGGAUAUAAAAAUAGAUAAUAAUUCUCAAUUUGUUUAAUAAAUAGAUUUAAUAAUAUUGGAAAAUGAUGGAAGAACUCCUAGAUAAAUAAUUAAAAAGAAAACAAUCACAAUUCCAAAUAAAAAUAUCAUGCAAAGUAGAAAAUCUUAAGUAGUUAUGCUUAAUAGUCAUAAGUAAAUUAUUUAAAUUUAUAAGAUUUUCGAUGUAAUAAACGGCAAAUGAUUUAGUAAAUUUAAUGAAAACUAAGGAUAAAUUAAUUCUUAAUUAGAAAAGAAGUAUCCAUUUUUGA